GGCGGCGGGUGCGCGUCGCGGGGUCGGUGCCGCGCGCGCCCGCCCGGGGCCGCGCCAUGAAGAGCCUCAAGUCCCGCCUAAGGAAGCACGAAGCCAUCAUCGCGGGCAGCGCGCUGAAUACAGACUGGAACAAGUAUGAUGACAGGUUAAUGAAAGCAGCUGAAAGGGGCGAUGUGGAAAAGGUUUCAUCAAUCCUUGCCAAAAAAGGAGUCAGUCCCACUAAGCUGGAUGUGGAAGGGAGGUCUGCAUUCCAUGUUGUGGCAUCAAAGGGAAAUCUGGACUGCUUGAACACCAUCCUUAUUCAUGGAGUUGAUAUCACAGCCACUGAUGCUGCAGGAAGAAACGCACUGCACCUCGCUGCAAAGUAUGGACAUGCCUUAUGUCUGCAGAAGUUGUUGCAGUACAAUUGUCCAACAGAGAAUGUGGAUCUUCAAGGAAGAACAGCCCUUCAUGAUGCAGCUAUGUCAGACUGUUCCUCUAGCAUACAACUCCUGUGUGACCAUGGCGCUUCAGUGAAUGCAAAGGAUGGAGAUGGGAGGACACCACUGGUGCUGGCCACUCAGAUGUGUCGCCCCACAGUUUGCCAGCUUCUUAUAGACAGAGGAGCAGACGUCAAUGCCAGGGACAAACAAAACAGGACUGCCCUAAUGUUAGGCUGUGAAUAUGGCUGCAAGGACGCGGUAGAAGUUUUGCUCAGGAAUGGUGCGGAUGUUAGUUUGGUUGAUGGCCUUGGUCAUGACUGUGCUUACUAUGCCAGAAUUGGUGACAAUAUUGACAUUUUGGCUUUAAUAAAAGCUGCCGUUGAGGAUUCCAGCAAAGCAAGAGAUACCAUGAAGAGAGGGCAGCCUGAACAGAAGAUGAACAAUAUGUCACAGAAGUGGAAUCGGCUGCAUGCACAGGAAGAGGUGAAUGUGAAGCUGUAUCAGAAGGAACAUAAUGCUCAGGAAUUGGAGUUAGAAAAUCAAGAUUUGAAGGAUCGAAUGAGAGAAGUGCAAGAGGAGCAAAGGAUGUUACUGGAUAGAAUCAGUGGGCUUCAGCUGCAGUUAACUGAGGAACAAAUGUUUGCAGAUGAUCUUGAAAAUGAGAAAGAUGAGUUGAAGAAAAUCCUGAGUACAAAGGAAAAACAGCAGGAAGAAAGCUUAAGGACUAUUGAAGCUCUGAAAGCUAAGCUCAAAUAUUAUGAAGUUGACUUAGUGGGAUCUGGGAGUAACUUCAGUAACAGGAAAGAAGAUUUACUUAAACAAGGUCAAGUGUUUGCUGUGGAAUCACAGUCCAGGUCUAUGCUGAGACCCCUGGAGCUGUCCCUGCCUCUGCAGUCACCCAAUUCAGAGAGAGACACUUUAAAGAAAGAACUUGACAGCAUGAGGACUUGCUAUGGUGCAGCAAAAGAAGAAAUAAGCAAAUUGCAGAGAGAACUGUCUCACAAGGUAUCUGAAUGUAAAGCUUUGGCAUCAGAGUGCGAAAGAACCAAGGAAGAGUCUGAUGGACAGAUAAAACAAUUGGAAGAUGCUUUAAAAGAUGUGCAGAAGAGGAUGUUUGACUCAGAAGGCAAAGUUAAGCAAAUGCAGACCCACUUUCUUGCUCUGAAAGAUCACCUGACUAACGAAGCUGCUUCAGGAAACAGUAAGCUAACAGAGGAGCUGAAGGAUCAGUUGAAAGAAAUGAAAACAAAGUAUGAAGGAGCCUCUGCUGAAGUGGGUAAGCUGAGGAACCAGAUUAAGCAGAACGAAUUGCUAGUGGCAGAAUUUAAGAGAGAUGAAGGAAGGCUGGUGGAAGAAAAUAAAAGGUUGCAGAAGGAACUUGUAAAGUUGGAGAUGGAGCGAGAUAAAAGGGAAAGAAGUGUCAUGGAGUUAGAAGGGCAGCUCAAAGAAACAGCAGCAAAGUUAGCACACUCUGUAGCUUCAGAGAAAUUUGAAAACAUGAAGAGUUCACUGUCAGAUGAAGUGAACGAGAAAGCAAAGAAGUUAGCAGAGAUUGAGGGAGAGCGUGAAAAACUGCAGGCAGAGAUCUGGGCUUUAAAAAGGGAAUUUGAUAGUCAGAAGGCUAAACUUGCUCAGCACGUAAAGCCAGAAGAUCAUGAGCAAAUGAGGAGUGGCUUUGAGCAAAAAAAUGAGGGACUGGAGAGGAGAAUUUCUGAAUUGUCGCAAAAGAAUCAGACUCUGCAGAAGGAACUCGAAAGAUUUCAGGCUGAUAACAAGAUGCUUAAGCAACAAAUCCAAGUAUUAAAGACUGAAAUUAAAAGCCAGAACGUGCCUUUAAAAAUUCAUGAAGAACUGAAAAAAACAAGUGAUGUGACUGUUGGUGAUCUGACCAAAAAGCUUUUCGAAAUAACAAGGAAAUACAAUGAAAGCAAAGCAGAAGCUGAGCGUUUGCUGGCAGAGAAGAGCAGCUUAAGUGAGAACAUGAGCUGCUUGCAGGCUGUGUACCUGUCUCCAGAGCAACACAGAGAAGAAAUGGAAGCUUUGAAAUCUCAUGGCAUUGAGCUUGAAAAGCAGCUUGCCGAGCUUCAGAAAAAAUAUGAUGAUGAACAAGAAAAAAUGUGCAAACUUGUCUCUGAAAACACGGCCAUAAGAGAGUCUGUGAAGGAUCAGUAUGUUUUGGCUGCAACGCAUGAAGAGAUUAAAACUGCUCUGAAUGAUGCACUGGAAAGGAGUAAUAAGGAGUUGUCAGAUCUGAAGGAAAAGAACGAAGAGAGAAAGCAAGAGUUUGUGAGAAUAGAUAAAGAAAAUGGGGCUUUGAAAGACAAGGUGGAACUUCUACAGAACCAAUUACAAACCGAAUGUAUAAGUUUAAAAGAGCACAAUGCUAAAGUGAGUGCUUUGAAGAACAGCGUGCGAGAGCUUCGGGAAAACAAUGCUGCAAUUGCUGCUGAAUAUAAGAGGAGUCAAGAGGAGAUUCUGCAGUUACACGGAGAAAUUGAAGCCCAAAAGAAGGAACUUGACACGAUUCAAGAAUGCAUUAAGUCAAAAUAUGCCCCAGUUGCCUCCUUUGAAGACAGAGAACAAAACUUUGAAGCCACGGUGAAAGAAUUAAAAGCACAGUUGCAGGAACAGAUGCGGAAGUGCAAAGAAAGUGAGGAGGAAGGUAGGAAGUGCAAGGAGGAGAAUGGAAAGCUCAAAAAAGGCAUUAUGUCCAUCCAGAACGACUUGCAGCAAAACUACGUCCUUGCUGAGAAAUGCCAUGAAAUGGAAAAGAUGUUUGCAAGCAAAAUGGAGGAGCUGAACAAGCAAUUGAGAGAGAUGCUGCAGAAAUAUACGGGCGAAAAAGAUGAAAAAGAUGAGCUGAAAGAGAGCACCAAGCAGGGUGUCGCUGUGCAGGCUCCUGUGGGCAGUCAGCAUCUGUCUGUGGAGCAGAUUGAUGUGUUGAAGAACGCUCUUGGGCACACUAUAGAGGAUCUAAAGGAAGCUCUCAGAAGUAAGAAGGAUUGUUAUGAUAAAGAGACGCUGAAAGUAGGAGAACUGCAGCAGGAAUUGCUGGAUCUGAAGAAGUCCUCAGUGCCUUUGGUUGAAUAUACGAAAAUGAAAGAAAUGCUGGAACAAGAAAUCCUAGCAACUAAAAGCAGUUUAAAAGAGAAGGAAGGAGAAAGCCAAGUUAAAAGUGAGGAAAUCUUGAAGCUGCAAGCUGAGAUUCAGCGCAAUCAACAGGCUCUGUCAGACCUGGAGAGCAGAGAAGUGAUUGACUUAUCAGAAUACAACUCCAUGAAAAGCGCUCUGGAGGCCCAGAUUAAUACCAUCACUGAGAACUUGUCCAGUGUAAACAAGAAGUAUGAGGAAGCUUGCGAGGAGGCUUUGCAAGCUAAGGAGAGCGAGCGCUCCUUAAAAGAUGAAAAGGAAUUGCUCCAGUUACGGAGCUGCAGCAUUGAGCAGGAAAUUAAGGACCAGAAAGAAAGGUGUGAUAAAUCACUGACGACAAUUAUUGACUUGCAGAAGAGAAUACAGGAGUCUGCAAAGCAAGUGGAAGCCAAGGAUAACAAGAUAACAGAGCUGCUUAAUGAUGUGGAACGAUUAAAACAAGCUCUUAAUGGCUUGUCUCAGCUUACGUACACCAGUGGGAUUCCUGCAAAGAGGCAGAACCAGCAGGUAGAAGUGCUCCAGAACCAAGUAAAAAAACUGCAACAACAGCUGGCUGAUGCUAAAAGGCAGCAUCAAGAGGUAGUCUCAGUCUAUCGGACACAUCUUCUUAGUGCUGUACAGGGUCACAUGGAUGAAGAUGUCCAAGCUGCUUUACUACAGAUCAUUCAGAUGAGACAGGGACUUGUUUGCUGACAUGCUUAGUGCCGUUGCUCUUGAAGGCUGCUGCAGCUUGUAGGAGUGCUGUGAUUACGGUAGUGAUAACCUUUGUGACUUUUAUAUU